GCCGCCGCACGAGACCGAGCAGCUUUCUGCAGUAGCAGCAACGCGCUCGUCUUCUCUUUCCCUCUCUUUGCCAGCCUGGGCUUUGCAGCAGAGCCGAGCCCGCAGCUCCCGCCUAGCCUGCCGCAGCGGCGCCACUCCUGUUCCCUGAAAGAACCCCCCCCUCUUCGCCGUCCGCACCACGUCGGGCCGUGGCUUCACGGAACAGCCGCCCCCUCCCCGCUGAAAUAAUAAAAAAGAGAGACAGAGAGAGGGAGCGGGUUGACGCCGGAGCUGUGCUCUUUUGCAGUAGCGGACACCAUUUUGUGGCGCCCGGCUUCUUGACUGGGGCAGCCCGGGGAAGUGCUGCAUGCGGAGGAGAGCUGGCCAACCCCAAGGGGAACCUGUUGGGCGUCGCGAACGGGAAGUAGCCCAGCUGCGGCACUUCGCCCUGGAAUUGGGGGUUGCGGCAGCGUCUCUGGGAAUCGGGUCGUGCGCGGCAGCGGCAGCCUUGGGAGGAGGGAAAUUGGAGCCUGGGCAGCAGCGGCAACCGCAGCAGCGGCAGGAGCAGGCGCAGGCAGCGAAGGGAAAUCGUAUCUUGCGCAUCCCGGUUCUCGGGUGGAGGCGAAGGAGAUUUGCACCUUUGCGUCAACGGCAGGAAGAGAAAAGCAGCUGGACCUUUGCCACCGCAGCGUCCCUAGCAGGAGGAGAAGGAGGAGGUGAAAGCUUGCUUACUUGCUUGUCCCCCCCCUCCUCCCAGGGCAGGAGCAUGUUAGUCUCGAUGCAGCUCCCCUUCCCUCCUCUCCACUGAUCCCAGUCUUGGUGGGGCGAUGAUGGAUACUUGCCUGCUUGUUCUCACUUCCCACAAAAGUAAGCCCGCUGUCAAUGGAGGAGGACAUUGAUACCCGCAAGAUAAACAACAGUUUCCUGCGCGAUCACAGCUAUGCAACCGAAGCUGAUAUUAUCUCUACAGUAGAAUUCAACCACACAGGAGAAUUACUAGCGACAGGGGACAAGGGGGGUCGCGUUGUAAUAUUUCAGCGUGAGCAGGAGAGCAAAAAUCAGCCCCAUCGCAGGGGAGAAUAUAAUGUUUACAGCACAUUCCAGAGCCAUGAACCUGAGUUCGAUUACCUGAAGAGCCUAGAGAUAGAGGAGAAGAUCAAUAAAAUACGAUGGCUCCCACAGCAAAAUGCAGCCUACUUCCUUCUCUCCACCAAUGAUAAAACUGUGAAACUAUGGAAAGUGAGUGAACGAGACAAAAGACCAGAGGGCUACAAUCUCAAAGAUGAAGAUGGACGGCUCCGAGAUCCCUCCACAAUUACUACACUACGGGUACCCGUGCUAAGGCCCAUGGAUUUAAUGGUGGAGGCAACUCCCAGGAGAGUAUUCGCAAACGCACACACAUAUCACAUCAACUCCAUAUCUGUGAACAGUGACUAUGAAACCUACAUGUCAGCGGAUGACUUGAGGAUAAACUUAUGGAACUUUGAAAUAACCAAUCAAAGUUUUAAUAUUGUAGAUAUAAAACCAGCAAACAUGGAGGAGCUGACAGAAGUGAUUACGGCUGCAGAGUUCCAUCCGCACCACUGCAACACCUUUGUCUACAGCAGCAGCAAGGGGACAAUUAGACUGUGUGACAUGCGAGCAUCCGCACUGUGCGACAGGCACUCCAAAUUUUUUGAAGAGCCCGAAGACCCAAGUAACAGGUCGUUUUUUUCUGAGAUCAUCUCUUCAAUUUCUGAUGUGAAGUUCAGUCACAGUGGGAGGUACAUUAUGACCAGGGACUAUCUUACUGUCAAGGUGUGGGACCUGAAUAUGGAGAACAGGCCUAUUGAGACAUACCAGGUUCAUGAUUACCUCCGCAGCAAGCUGUGCUCCCUCUAUGAGAACGAUUGCAUUUUUGAUAAAUUUGAAUGUGUGUGGAAUGGGUCUGACAGUGUCAUCAUGACUGGCUCCUACAACAAUUUCUUUAGAAUGUUUGAUCGCAACACCAAGCGUGACGUGACCCUGGAGGCCUCGAGGGAAAACAGCAAACCCCGUGCCAUCCUGAAACCCCGCAAAGUUUGCGUGGGUGGCAAACGGAGAAAAGAUGAAAUUAGUGUGGACAGUCUGGACUUUAGUAAAAAGAUCCUGCAUACAGCUUGGCAUCCUUCAGAAAAUAUCAUAGCAGUGGCAGCAACAAAUAAUCUGUAUAUAUUUCAGGACAAGGUUAACUAGGAAUUAGGGAAGGGGAUCUUACAUACUGAGUUCUUUUUUUCCUUGUUUGUUUUGUUACUUCUCUGCAGACAUUAAUUAUGUCGGGGUAAGCACUCAGAUUCCAGUGUCUAUUGCUUUCCCCAAAAAACCUUAAGAAAUUGGGUUGGCAAAGCCCAUUAGGAACAUUUCGUGUCCAAGUAUUGAGAGUUACUAAGUUACACCAUUAAUUCAGCAGCAAGUUUGAAUUAUUUAUGCUUUCAUUUUUACCAGUGCUCACUAGUAGCUUUGAGUUUCUUUAUAAAUAUUGUUCUAGACAUCUGCCAAUUUAUAAUAAAGUUAGGACUAUAGUAAUAUAUUUAGGGGGGGAAACCAAGCAAGGUCAUAUAAAACAAUGUUAUCUUUUAAGUUUAAGCUGCCCAAUUUUGAUUUUGGAGAUCUUUUUGUUUUAUACCCAUCUUCAAACAGGAAUUCAGUUUUGUUUGCUAAUUCAUCCCCCCCCCCAUUGUCCUUUUCCGUUUUUUUUUUAAUGGCAUAUUCCUUUUAUCAACUCAGGGCCUUUCCAGAUGAUCAUUUAUUGUGCAUAUUUGUCACACAAUAAAUGUUUUCUUGUAAUGCUGCUGUUAUGAGAGGUGCAAAUGUCUUUUUGCCCUAAGGUAGCCCAUCUGUUGCAAAACCUCAACAUUUUGCUCUGAAGGAAAUGCCAUUUCUGCUCCUCAUGCCCCAUGAUCUCCAGCUAGAGGACUUGUUGCAUUUUGAAGUGCCGGGUGUACUGUAGUUGCACAAGUGCACAGCCAUCUGUUGGCUGAUGUCUAGGGUCAGUGGGGAUUAGUGACAUAUUCCUCCACUAUAGACAUGCCAUAAUCUUAUUUUUGUAAGGAUACAAUCCAGCAAAAUCUAAAUAUUUUUAACCACCAUUGAUGACAAUGGGACAAAUUUAAGCACGUGUUUUAAUUCCUUCCAUUGAAAUCAAUACACUGUAAAAGUGCUUGUGUGCUUAGGUUUGGCUGGAUCUGAGAUGCUGAAUCCUCCCCCUCUACACCAUUCAAGCCAGUGACUUCGUAUAAAAUUGUAACAAUUUGUUACAAUGGCGAACAGCAGCAAAGCCUAAGCUAUCCCAGCACAUUCCACACACCGACAGCAGCAUCCCAGCUUGCUUUUGUGACUUGCCCUUUUUCUUCCCACCCCGCCCUGCAUUUAAAUUUAGUCCCAGUCCUUCUGUAAUUGGAAUUUGCUAGAGCCCAAAUCCACCCUCUUUUAUUUUUUCAAAAAGAACAUUGAAAAAUGUGCAUCUCCCCUGUUGCAAAGCUGUUCCACCUGCAACAAGACCACUUUCCAUUUCCAUUGCGUGUGGACAGGAUAAGACACUGCUGGUGCUGGAUCUAGGCUGGUGCUACUUUAGUACUAAGGAUCAACAACAUUUUGCUGUUGUUGUUUUCUGGAAAGGCCCUCAGACAAGACAGACAGAACAGGUUCACAGUACAAACAUUUUAACUCCUCAUUCAUGAAGAGCCCCGUACGCUGUUGAAGGCUCUUACCUUCCUUUAUCAUACCCCACAAAUGGCCUCUAAUGGAUUAGGUUGUGUUGAUCCUGUGGUGCCUUUUGCUGGUAUACAAAAUACCUUACAAAACAAUGCUUCCAAAAUGCACGUUUUUGCAUACCAAAACAAAUUGAGUUUUUUUUCUGCAAUUCCUGUGAUUUUAUUUUAUUUUUAAAUUUUUUAUCUUUGCUUUGGCUGAGAGAACUUAAAAUUGGUCUCUUUUAAUCACUUGCAUGACAUAAAUAUGAAUUUGUGGGGAGUGUCCCCCCUUUUUUAAUAAUGCGUGUUUAAAUAUUGUUUAUUUAUUUGUUUAUUCAAAUAGACAUUUGUUUUUCUCCUUUUAAAAAAUGAGCUCUUAAAUUGCUAAUUUAUGGCAUUUGAAACACACGCACAACUACCCAACCAACAUGUACUGCUAUUCUCACCUGGCUGCUUUCUAAGAGAGGCUCCCCAUGGUUCUGCGAUACCAAGAUUAGCUGCACUAGCUCUCUGUUUUUGCAUGGUAAACUAUCCUGUUCCACUACAAGGAUAAUCUAGGUCCUGCCUUUAUUGAACAAUUAAUUGGUUGGGGGUUGGGAUUUUUUAUAUAUAUAAAAAAGUAAAGAAAAUAUGAUCAGAGAACAGAACCUACAAGAAAUAAAACUAAUACUUUCUCUGACUAAGUGGAUAUUUGAAGAUCAAUGCGCUUUGCAUUUUCUCUGAUUGUGAAAAGUGGGGCAGUAGCUCCAACCUUUGUGAUUGUUGCCAUGAAGCAUACAAGAAUUUCCAAACACACUCUCCAGUACAGGAUGAUUGAAAGCCCAGCCUUUCCUCUGCUGGCCUACCACCUCCUUUUACACCUGAUAAACAAGACUGUGUUACUGCAGCUUUCUCAAGAGACAUCAAGAAGCUACAAGGCUGCACAAAAGCCAGAGAGAGGACAUUGAUUUAAAGUUCUGGGCACAAGAGGAAGUUCAGAUAUUUGGAAUCUAGCUUUUAAUUGUUAUUAGACUACUUAACGCCCUGUCUGGUCUUCACGAGACUGCUCGGGACAGUCAAAUUAGAAGUUUUGCCUUGUUAAAGGAAUGAUUUCAGGAAAAAAGUAUGCUGGCUUAUAAAUUUAUUACAAGUAAUGGCUUUCAGGAGUAACCUCUUUUUUAAAAAAAAUGAAAUGAUAAAAAAUAGAAGUAAAUGAGUCAUUUUUCUUAUUAAAAAAAUACCUUCUUUUUCUUCCUGUAAAGAAAGGCUGCACUCUGAUAUCAGAAGUAAAAUUGUCUCUAAGAUGUUCUGGUGUGGAGUUGCUAAUUUCCAAACACUAAGGAAUCCAACCCUAUACCAUUGGCACUAAGUUAUCACCCACUGGCAGAUUCAAAAGGGCGUGUUCACACAAAGGACAUCAUCUUUCUAGGUUAAUCUAGUCCAGCAUUCAGCAGCUUAAGCAGAUGCCCCUGGGGAGACUCGUGGAACAGGAAAGACAAUGAAAGUGGUAGCCAUCUCCUGCUUGUCACCAGCAUCUGGUGUUCAGAGGUAUAUUGCCUCUGUACAGCGAGUUUAGAUGCUGAGAUGAAUGCUUAUGGUUCUGAUCCAGCAAAAGCUUUGGAUGAAUGCAAAAGGGGUUCAGAUCUUUCACUCCCCUAACAUGAGUUUCUCUCACUGCAUCAUAAACUGCUGUCGAAACUCUUUUACAACUCUCAAAAAUAGCUUAACAGUGUGCAGUGCUAGAAACUCCAUUGCACAGAAACGGCACACAGUACCUUCCUGUGGUUUGCACAGCAAAUAUAUUCUUGAUGGUACUUGCUGCUAGCCAGGCAUUUGCACUGUGUCCCAUCAAACACUUCUGUGUUCAAAUUGUUUGUCAUCAUCUGUUACCUGUCAAGGGUCCCCCUAGAGGGCACAGCACAUAUAAGCACAUAGUGGCUAUGAAGACUCAAAGGAUACGUGAUCAUGGUCUGAAAGGGGUGACUUCCAUGCCAAUGUGAGCAUCAUGGUGCCAAAGAGCAUGAAGUUCCUUUUGCACUCUCUUCUCCUUAUCACUAUCCCAUGGCAAUGUUCAGACUUGGUACAUACAACCAAACUCCUUUCCACAAGGCAGCUACAACAGAGCUUAACUUUUACAUUAAUUGAGAAGAUUCUUGUUAACUUCAGACUAGGUAAAUCAGUUUAAUCUGUGGUAGCUUUUACACUUCUAGCUAUGUAGAUCACACAUGUCAAAAGGAGUCCCCCCCUUUUUUUUCUUGUCAGGGUCAAUACCCUCCUCCACAGUGCUUAGGAUUGUUUUUACCAUCUCUGUUGCCACUGCAUCACCCCACACUCUGUUAUUAAAAAUCUUCUACUAAUGAAUAGGGCUAUCUGCCAUUACUGAUGGCAGUAGAACUGGUCAGGGUGAGCCCUGGAAUAUGGUCUGCUAAUGAGUAACGUUUCAAUGGAAUAGGAAGCAGGGAGGAGCACUGCUUGGAGAACAGACCAAAAGAGAGCACCUUGCAUAGUAGAAAAAAACCCUGAAGGAAUAAUGUAACAAGUGAAUCAAAGGAUGCAUGCAAGUGCACAGCCUCACUUAAAGCUGUAAACAUAGACUCCAGCCAGGAACCUACCAGUCCAAUCCAGUCCUAAACAGGAUAUUUUUGUUUGCCACUUCAAACGCCAUACAAUUUUAUUCAUCGUGUUACUGAUUUGACCAGUUGGUUUGUUGUAUUAGUCAGACCAAACACCUAUAACACAUUUUUGGACAAUUGAAAGGGAUUUAACUAAUCCUGCAGAGGGGAUUCAUCUACAUGUACCCCCAGUUCGCUGGCAUUGUACUCUAGGUAAAGAUUAGCCAACUUAUCAGCCUCUUUGAACAGGUAGACAAAGCAAAACCAUUUCUCAUUCUGUCUGUCAUAGUGGUCACCGCACCACAGGAUUGGAUGGUUUUCCAAGUCCAAGAAAGACUUGAUAACGGCAUUAGAUAUUGGCCCUGUCCAGGCACUGUUUGCCCCGUGAGUUGGCUGAUUUGUCGGACGCUGGCCUUAUUUCAGAAGAGCUACAGAGAUCUUCAAGAGGUAUAUUAUUAAGGAAGGACGCCCUAUUGCUGUUAUGGCUGUCUUAGAUAAUGCAGAGCAUGAGACACGUGGCAUGAUUCAUUGUCGAAGGCAGCCUACUGGAGGACCAUAAAAGUGUGCCCAAGCCAUGACAGCUCACAAUCAAUAUUGUGUUCACUGAUGCAGGAAGCAACAUGAUCACUUCCUAGAUACUACCCCCAUAGCCCAGCCUCAGCACUAAAUAUCUCCAAUAACAAGGCUAUGUGAAGUGACAAGGGCUAUUAUUUUUAACCUGCAGUCUAAACCUCUCUGAAAAGCUGAGCUGCCAAAAAUCUUCCAUUUGAAUUUAUCAGGGGUGGCCUCCUCAGCCCCCUUGUAAUCCCGCAUCAGGAGUCAAACGCUUGCUUAACAUAACAUAGCCAAGAUUGGCAGUUCUAUUUAGUUGGGUUGCCAUAUAGCACAUUGGUUGACGAGAGAGGUGAAAUGUAGGGUUUCUUUUAUGGUGUUUGUAAUCAUUUUCUAAAAGAUGGAACUUUGAUUUCAAUGUAU